GCCCGUUAGGGUUUUGGGGGUGAAAGAGACAUAUAAAGGUCUGAAGAUUGUUCUCUCAUGCGCCUUCCAGUCUUCACAGCAAGCAGCAGAUCACGGGCUGAAGACCGAACCAUCGAAGCACAACCAUGGUGCACGUAAAUUUCUACCGGAACUAUGGGAAAACUUUUAAGAAACCUCGUCGUCCUUACGAGAAGGAACGAUUGGAUGCUGAACUGAAGCUUGUUGGCGAAUACGGCCUCCGGUGCAAGAGGGAACUCUGGAGGGUGCAAUAUGCUCUGAGCCGCAUCCGUAAUAAUGCAAGAAUGCUUCUCACUCUCGAUGAGAAGAACCCUCGUCGGAUUUUUGAGGGUGAAGCCCUUCUGAGGAGGAUGAACAGGUAUGGAUUGCUGGAUGAGAGCCAGAAUAAGCUUGAUUAUGUGUUGGCUCUUACUGUGGAGAACUUCCUUGAGCGCCGCCUUCAAACACUCGUGUUCAAGUCUGGUAUGGCGAAGUCUAUCCACCAUGCCAGAGUGCUCAUCAGGCAGAGGCACAUCAGGGUAGGGAGGCAGGUGGUCAAUAUCGCUUCCUUCAUGGUGAGGAUGGACUCACAGAAGCACAUUGAUUUCUCGCUCACAAGUCCGCUUGGGGGUGGACGUCCUGGAAGAGUGAAGCGAAGGAAUCAGAAGGCAGGUGCAAAGAAGGCUUCGGGGGGAGACGGAGAUGAAGAAGAUGAAGAAUGAGACCUCGCAUUCAGUGAAGUUCUCUAUGGUAAUACUAGAAAGUAUGGGCCAGAUUUUGUUGUCUUCGUCUCUGUCAUAUCAAGUUUUGCAUGCUUUGCGUUUAUCUCUUCGCGAAUGUUCUUUAAGAAGCCCUUUAUUAGUUUUGUACCGUGGUACGGUGACUUCUUGUUGAGUAUGUUUUUGGUUUCUCAAUGAACGACGAGUUGGUAGUACAAUUGCCAAAUUUAAAUAUGAAUGAGUAUUGCUUCUUUAGUGGA